AUGUUCAACUCCACUGGCAACAGUUCUCUCUCUUUGCAGCGCACUACCGCCGCCAGUGAUACCGAUGCGAGAUUCAUCGUUUUAAUAGUGAGGGAUUUGGCAACGUACUUGUGCCGCUCAGGCGAGACUCACCCUUUCUUUGAGGACGGCCCGAUACCUGCAGAAGUGUUGGGGUAUACCCCCGCAUCGUCCUCAUCAUUGCCUGAAACAGUUGCUUCAUCCAAGCAGAAGGCGGCGCUGCAGCUUGUCUCCAGGCUUCGAGAUCAUGUGUUGAACCGGAAUAUAGUCGUUAUUUUCCCUAUACAGACCUCCUCCGAAUACCGAGAAAGGCUUUUGAUGUUUCUGUUUGAGAAACUGGGGGUGCGAACAAUCAUAGCGCUGUCAGACGUCGUGGCGGACACGUUUGCGGUGGGACUGCGGGACUCACUUGUCUUUCACGCGUCUCUCAGGGCGCUUUCUGUCAGUCGCGUGGAGUCCGGCGUCUCGGUGAAGUAUGCGGCGUCUGCUUCUGGGUCACUGCUUCACCUUUUGAAGCCCCACACGACGGGGACUGGGGAAUUAUGUGGUGAGGAGAACUUUGCAAAAAAGAAUGCGGGUGCUUUUGACGAUACAAAGGAGGGAGACAAUUGGAAGGAAGACGGAGCUUCCGCAGAAAAGGGAGAUGGGAAUGACGUAUCAUCUCUUCUGCCGCGUCUGUCGGUAAAUGGCUCUUCUUUCUUUGCGGCGGCUGUGAAUUUAUUGGAUGAGACGUAUCGCAAAGCGCUUGUCGCGUUCUUUGGAGGGGAGGUGUACCAACGCGUCGUGUCACUGCAUGAACAUGGGGGAGUGGGGACGAAGCGCAGGCGUAACGGCAGCCAGGAGGAUGUGCAGUCAACUGACAAAAGAGCGAACGGCUAUCCUCAGGACGAAGGCGGGGGUGCAUUGCGGCGUCUCAUUGCUGCCGUCGCGGGUGAUACGUCUUUGCCUGUGAUUGUGACGGGAGAAGCGCUACGCGUUGCGCCACUACUUCGCAAAUUCCUUGAGGAGGCUGUGCGUGAGUGCAGCGGCAAAACCGCAGCAACGGGCACCUCAUCUUCAUCGUCAUCUUUUUCAUCGGAAUCCCUUGAAACAUUUUCAUCUUCUACGACUAACGGGAGUAAUUCUUCUGAAUCUUCUUCUUUUGAGGCUGGCGUUUCUUUCCAACUUCAACCUUUGCCGCUGGAGGACUCUCCAUGGAUGUUAUCCCUCUUGGGCGGUUCAUUGGUCUCACAGCUGUCUUUGGCGGAGCUUAGUAAACUGCGUAUCUCACGAGAUGAUGCACUUUCGUCUAAAGGCAGCAUCAUUCAUUGGCGUUCGGUGCUGUGA